AUGUGCAAAGAGCUAUUCGAACGCUGGGAGGGCUGUACGUGCUGGGGAUUCGUCGAGCCGGAGAGGUGCGAUGAGCUGUUCAAGAAGUGCAUGGGGCCCCGGGGCGACAUCGACAAGAAGGUUAUCAAGUGGAAUGAUGGCAUGUGUGAUCAGUGUUGGGAUCGGCUGAUGCUGGAGGCGAGGGAGAUGAAUGAUGCUAAGGAGACAGCAGCCGCCCCGGCCUCGUCUAGCAGCCACUCGACUGGUAGUUGA